UCACGCUGCUCCGCUCUAGCAGAUAGCAGCCCGAAGCGACCAGAGAGAGAUAAAACUGCCGCGUUGGAGAGUGAACGCAAUGAGGGAGGAGAGGGAAGAGGGAGAUUAAGAAUUAGAGUUGGGGAUAGAUGGAGAAUUAGAGGUGGGGCUAGAUGAAGAGAUUGAGGUCCGUGUAAAAGGAGAAGAUAGAGCUGAGGACCCUCGACAUUUCUCCUCUUCUCUCUUAACAAUGCUCUCUACCUGAAAUAACAGAAGCAUGCGUAUGAGAACGAUUCCCCGGAGCGCGUCUCUCCAGGAGCGGAUAUCGAGCCAAAUUAAUGACAGGAAGGAAUAACGGUUUUACGCACCAGGACCGACGUGGGUUCGUUAGCAACAAUGUGGUGCAUCAACUGCGCCUCAGACAAGACUCCUGUUAUUCUAAAUAACAACAAGCUGAUAUACUGUGUGGAAGAGCCUCAGCGUGACGACACAGGCAGUUUCUCCGACAGCACCUGUAGACAGGGACCGUACCUAAGCAGCUCUGAUCAUCGCUACAACAGGGGCCCCGGCCCACUGGGCCACCACCCCCAGGGCCCACCUGUGGCCCCCCCUAGCCCUGCCUCCCUGGCCUGGGCCCAGAGGACCUGGCACCAGCCUGCCAGCCUGGCGCUCCGGAAGCAGGAGGAGGAGGACAACAGGCGCUGCAAAGCCCUGUCCGACAGUUAUGAGCUCUCCACAGACCUACAGGACAAGAAGGUGGAGAUGCUGGAGAGGAAGUACGGAGGGUACUUGCUCAGUCGGCAGGCGGCGCGCACCAUCCAGACGGCGUUCCGUCAGUACCGCAUGAACAAGAACUUUGAGCAGCUACGAAGCUCCGCCUCCGAGAGCCGGAUGACUCAACGUAUCAUCCUGUCUGACAUGAGACUGCAGUACUCGUUUGACGAGCGGCAGGGCCAGCCCCAGGGCCAAGGGGUUCAGCAGGGACAGAGGUAUCCUCACCCUGGAGGCCACCCUGGGGAUGAAGAGAUGCAGGCUGGGUCUCCUCCACGCUGCGAGGGGGACAGAGAGGAGUACACAUACCUGGACGAGACCUUCUCCAAACAGGUGGAGUCCCUGGCUGACUCCAUCGAUGACACCCUGACCUGUCAGUCUGGUGUGGAAGACGGUCAGCAGGAGGAGGAGGAGGAGGAAGAGGAGGAGGAAGGUGACGGAGACGAAACAGGGGUGGAGGUGGACGACUUCGGAGAGUGUGUUUGGAGGCCCAGGGAGGGAGACAGACAGAGGGAUGGAGGAAGAGGAGGAGUGGGAGGAAGAGUAGGAGGAGGAGGAGGAGAGAGACAGAGCAUGCACGAAGACACCACAGCCACCUCCUACAACGACGUGACCCUCUACAUGAAUGACAGGCUCUCGUCCUCUCCCCUGUCCUUGGACCGGGCCCCCAGCAGCCCAGAUACAGAGUACUGGAGCCCUGGAGUGUGUGGCGGCAGGGUGGGGGGAGGGGAAAACAGCCGGGACACAGAGGGAGGGGGCAACAGUAACAGCCGACACAGCACCCCCUGUACAGAGUGUAGAGACUACAGCCUGAGAGAAGCUCACCUACCCCUGUUGACCCUCGAACCCCUGAGUGACAGCUCUGUUGAUAUGAGUGACCGCUCGGCCUCUAUAGGCCGACGGGUCUACGAGACAGAACCAGGGGGAGGAGUUGGUGGAGGGGGGUCGCCUCAGGGCACUAUUAAACAUAACCCCCACCCAAAGCCUCACCCCAACCCCAACGGGCGUGCUGUCCCCAUACCUCCCCAGGCCCAAGGCCAGACUCGUACUGUGCUUCCUCACCACCCCCACCCCUCGGCCAUCCCCUCCCACCUGCCCUACCACACCAUCCUACACCACCACCAUCAGCUCCCAUAUUACCCUAUACACCCCCACCACCCGCACCCCAAUACCCCCUCCUCCUCCUCUCAGUCCCCCCAGGGACCACCCCUCACCCCCCUAUUUUCCUCCUCAUCAGCCACACUGCCCCCUGGUGGCCAGGAGCAGGUCUGCUGUUCUGACGGGGACAACGACUCUCUCAGCUCCACCACCAACUCUAACGACACCAUCAACUGCUCCUCCGGGUCCUCAUCGCGCGACAGCCUCCGGGAGCCCCUCCCACCGCUCGGGAAACAGACCUAUCAGAGAGAGAGCAGACACAGCUGGGAUAACCCCGCCUCUAACAACGACGUGGUGCAGAGACGACAGUACCGCAUCGGACUCAAUCUGUUCAACAAGAAGCCAGAGAAGGGUAUACAGUACCUGAUAGAGAGAGGCUUCGUGUCGGACACACCGGUAGGCAUCGCCCGCUUCAUCCUGGAGAGGAAAGGACUGAGCAGACAGAUGAUAGGAGAGUUCCUGGGCUGCAGACAGAAACAGUUCAACAAGGACGUACUGGAUUGUGUGGUAGAUGAGUUGGACUUCUCAGGGAUGGAUCUAGAUGAUGCCCUCAGGAAGUUUCAGGCCCAGAUUAAAGUCCAGGGAGAGGCCCAGAAGGUGGAGAGACUGAUCGAGGCUUUCAGUCAGAGGUACUGUGUGAGUAACCCGGUGCUGAUACGACAAUUCCGGAACCCCGACACCAUCUUCAUCCUGGCCUUCGCCAUCAUCCUCCUCAACACUGACAUGUACUCUCCCAACGUCAAACCAGAGAGGAAGAUGAAGUUGGAGGACUUCAUCAAAAACCUCAGAGGAGUGGAUAAUGGCCAGGACAUUCCCAGAGACCUGUUAAUAGGAAUCUACCAUCGGAUAGAGAAAUGGGAGCUACGCACCAACGAUGACCACGUGUCUCAAGUACAGGCUGUGGAGAGGGUUUUGGUUGGCAAGAAGCCUGUGCUCUCGUUGUCCCAACGCAGAUUGGUGUGUUGCUGUCAGCUGUACGAGGUGCCUGACCCUAACAGAAGCCAGAGGACUGGAGUCCACCAGAGAGAAGUCUUCCUCUUCAACGACCUGCUCGUGGUAACCAAGAUCUUCCAGAAGAAGAAGACCUCUGUGACAUACAGUUUCAGACAGUCCUUCCCCCUGGUCGAGAUGCACGUUCACAUUUUCCAGAAACAAUACUAUCCCCACGGUAUCCGUCUGACGUCAGCCAACCCUGGUGGAGACAGAAAGGUUCUGAUCAUGUUUAACGCUCCGAGCCAGCAGGACAGAACGCGUUUCACCUCCGACCUGAGAGAGAGCAUCGCUGAGGUGCAGGAGAUGGAGAAAUACAGGGUGGAGUCGGAGUUGGAGAAGCAGAGAGGAGUGAUGAGGCCUGUUGUGGCCGGGUCUGACGGUGGUGGACCCAGCGGCGGCGUGAAGGCGGUGAACGGCAUUCUGGGUAGGCCCAGUCUGGACGACAGCUAUGCCUCUGCAGAUGGACUCAAACGUACUGCGCUCAGCUCAUCACUGAGAGACCUAGCAGACACAGGAAAGCGGGGCCGACGGAACAGUGUUGGCUCCCUGGACAGCACUAUGGAAGGCUCCAUCAUUAACAGUCCCAGGCCUCAUCAGCGCCCCCACAUGGCUGGGGGUGUAAUGCCACCCGGUUGCUAUGACAUCCAAGACCACCGGCCUCACCACCCCAUCCUGAGCCCCGGGACGGGAGUGGGGGGUGGGCCGGGGCUAAAUCACAAUACCGCUACUGGGACGACGGCACUGGGUCCCAGCAGCGGAGACCGAGGGGGGACGGGAGCCCUGGGGAGCGGGUCUGGAGGGGGAGGGGGCAGUGGAGGCUCCUUCCUGGGUUCCCUGUUUGGGAGCAAGCGCUCCAACACCAAGCCCCCUGGUCCUCUCCCCUCUCUCCCCCCUCUCCUCCCACCUGGGCUGCCACACUACCCUGCACCUGUCCCCCCGCCCACCACCGGCGGCCCGCCCCCACACUCCCCCUCCGCCCUCAGCAACUCCGACCCAGGAGGGCCCUCCAAGAUCCAGGCCCUGCACGCCCAGUACUGCCACAACAGUACCGCAGGGCAGCAGCCUCCUCCAUCCUACUACCAUCACCACCACCGCUACCACGCCCAGACAGGGCCCGCUCCCAGCCAGCCCUCCUCCACCGCCCAGGGGGCCCCUGGGCCUCAUACCAUCCACAGGGGCCCCCUGGUUGGGGUCCCCAAGCGGCCGGGCCCCGGUCCUGCUCCCUCCCAGCUGCAGCAGCAUGGUGUACAGGGUCAGGGGGGGUUCUAUACCAACAUGGGGGUUUCUAUGGGGGUAGGCUGCCCCCCUCCGCCCCUUUCUCCACAUUCUCCUCACUCCCCGGGGCCCCCGACCCUCUACCACACACACUCCACUCACGGUCGAGGAGGAGGAGGCGGUGCCAAGCUCCCUCUUACUCUCUCGCGCUCGCAGCCCCACCCUCACGCCCACACCCAUGUCCCUCAUCUUACCGCUCAUUCCCACAACCACAGCCCCCAUCCCGGCCUUUCCCUCAGCCCCCAUCUCGCCCAACACCCUCAGCACCAGACUCACUUCAUCUUUGCCGCCCCGCCCCCACAGACCCCUUCCGCCCGGCACGUUCCACAGGCCGACACCCACAGCCACGCCCAGUACCUCCCGCUCUCCUCCAUACCCCCUCCCCCUCCACACUCCCCUUUACCCCCCCCUUCCUCCCCUCACACCCCGCUUACCCCUCUCUCCCCCUACACCCUCCAGCUCCAGCCGCCCAGCCAGCCGCCCAGCCACCCACCCCAGCUCCAGGGAGGGCAGCAGGGGUCUGGCGGGGGCAACAGCAGCACGGGGUCGGGCAGCACCACCAGCUCCAAGUCCAAGCCUAUCAACCGCAUCAGCACGGUGGUGUGAGUGUCAGGAGACGCAACAACCCUCCCAGACACCAGGGGGCACCGCUCGUCAGACUGAGGUCGUCAGACCAGGACAACUAUAGGUUUAAGAGGGGCCACGUCCAGAUCAUCCAAUAUGGCCGCCGGCGCUCUGGGAGAGGCAGGAGGAGGUGGGACUUGCUCAGGCUGUGUUACUUCCACCUCCGGUUUCCUCACAGAUUCACAUUCAGGUAGAGAGGAAGAGGAAGAUACUAACUCACUGAAGAGGAAGAUACUAACUCACUGAAGAGGAAGAUACUAACUCACUCAAGAGGAAGAUACUAACUCACUGAAGAGGUAGAGAGGAAGAUGAAGAUACUAACUCACUGAAGAGGUAGAGAGGAAGAGGAAGAUACUAACUCACUGAAGAGGAAGAUACUAACUCACUGAAGAGGAAGAUACUAACUCACUGAAGAGGUAGAGAGGAAGAGGAAGAUACUAACUCACUGAAGAGGAAGAUACUAACUCACUGAAGAGGUAGAGAGGAAGAGGAAGAUACUAACUCACUGAAGAGGAAGAUACUAACUCACUGAAGAGGAAGAUACUAACUCACUGAAGAAGAAGAUACUAACUCACUGAAGAGGAAGAGGAAGAUACUAACUCACUGAAGAGGAAGAUACUAACUCACUGAAGAGGUAGAGAGGAAGAGGCAGAUAAUAACUCACUGAAGAGGAAGAGAAAGAUACAAACUCACUGAAGAGGUAGAGAGGAAGAGGAAGAUACUAACUCACUGAAGAGGAAGAGAGGAAGAGGAAGAUACUAACUCACUGAAGAGGUAGAGUGGAAGAGGAAGAUACUAACUCACUGAAGAGGAAGAUACUAACUCACUGAAGAGGAAGAGGAAGAUACUAACUCACUGAAGAGGAAGAUACUAACUCACUGAAGAGAAAGAGAGGAAGAGGAAGAUACUAACUCACUGAAGAGGAAGAUACUAACUCACUGAAGAGGAAGAGAAAGAUACGAACUCACUGAAGAGGUAGAGAGGAAGAGGAAGAUACUAACUCACUGAAGAGGAAGAUACUAACUCACUGAAGAGGAAGAGAAAGAUACGAACUCACUGAAGAGGUAGAGAGGAAGAGGAAGAUACUAACUCACUGAAAGCCUGACUGGCUCUCCAGACUCAGAGACUAGAGGAAGAGGAAGACACACACAAAAAAAAUGAUAUUCAUUGACUCAUGGACAGUAUAGAGGUUGAUAGUUGUAAAGACAUUCAGUGACUCAUGGACAGUAUAGAGGUUGAGAGUUGACAUGAGAAGAAGGAACGAGAGAUAGUGAGUUGAGUGUGCUGCUGAAGAGGAAGUGGUUUUCUGUGUCUUUGUGUGGCAUGUACGUAUGUGUGACCUCAUGGUACAGUGAGCUCCCAAAAGUAUUGGGACAGUGACACAUGUGUAGUUUUUUUUUUGGGGGGGGGGGGUCUUUUGUACUCCAGCAGGUUUUGAAAUGAUACAUGUGACUGUGAGGUUAAUGUGCAGACUGUCAGCUUUAAUUGGACUGUAUUCUCAAUCAUAUCGGGUGAACCGUUUAGAAAUUACAGCAAUUUGUGUAUGUAGUCUCCACAUUUUAAGAGUAUUGGGACAAGUUAUCUUAUGUGUACGUAAGUUUACUAUUUGGUCCUGUAUUCCUAGCACGCAUUGAUUACAUCAAGCAUGUGACUUUACAAACUUGUUGGAUGCAUCUGCUGUUUGUUUUGGUUGUGUUUCAGAUUAUUUUGUGACCAAUAGAAAUUAAUUGUAAA